AUGAGUGACGUAUCAGUUGGCCGAAUAGUCAAGAAAACAUCAGAAGUAAUCUGGCAACAGUUGACAGAAGAAGGAUUCAUGAAAUGUCCUUCUACCCAAUAUAAAUGGAAAAAAUUAGCGACAGAGUUUGAACACUUGUGGAAGUGUCCGAAUUGUUUAGGUGCUACUGAAGGAAAACAUGUGACAAUACAGUGCCCACCACGAGGCGGUUCAAUGUUUUACAAUUAUAAAAGGUUCCACAGUAUUGUUCUUAUGGCAGUAGUCGAUGCCAUGUAUCAAUUUACCAUGGUAGAUGUUGGAGAUUAUGGCAAACCCAGUGAUGGAAGUGUUUUCCAUAACAGUAACUUAGGUUUUCUAAUCUGCAACAAUCAUUUAGAUGUUCCUCAGCCAAGAUUGCUGCAAGGAACAGACAAACACUUCCCUUAUGUGUUUGUAGGAGACGAAGCGUUCCCUCUUUGGGUUAAUUUAAUUAAACCGUAUCCAAGGGUUACAUACAACUUCCUGAUUCAAUUGCAAAUUAUCGUACUUCACGUGCACGAAGAAUAG